AUGGCCAUCUCGAUGCAACCGCAGGCCGCGAGGUUGUAUUCUGCCACGCCUGCUCCAACGAGUGACUGCUCACUGAAUGCCCAGAUCGAUCCCGAGAACGAUCCUCGCGACCUUGAACACCGCUCUUCCGCCUCUACAUCGCCUGAAAUUGGCCCCUAUCGAUACCACGAUGACGACUCCGAUCCGGAAGAGGGCAAUAUCGAUGAACACCUCGGACCGCACGGCUUUGCCUUUCGGCGCAGUGUUCGGGAUGGUACGGACCAGCACCACCAUAACCCUGCAGUCGAUCCAGUUUUCGAGCGUUUCCUCGACAUGAUUCAAGGGUUUGCUCCCUCUCGAAGACCUGGUGGGCCCGGUGGCUCAUUUCCUUCAAGUCCCGGUGAACGACCUGGUGAUCAUGACCCCUUUGCACCCCGCAUACACCGGACAACAUUUACUUCUGGGCCCUUUGGGGGCGGCACAACAUCUGUGACCAUUGUGUCAGGACCGAUCCACGGAUCACGAGGCGGUCCCAUGCCAGGCGCCGACCCAUUCCAAGCGUACGCAGAACCCCCUCCAAGUCGCCCCCAGGGACCAAACGGCCUACGGGUCAUGGCUGUCACCAUGGCAUUAGGAGCUAACCAACGUGCCAGGCUCUUCUCAAAUAUGAUGCGUGAUAUUGGGCCACCGGGUGAAGUCAACCAAGGAGGCGAUGAGGGGCCUGGGGGAGGACCACCUCCUGGAUUCGCUCGAAGCCUGCACGACAUUCUAAGCCUACUCAACCCCGCAAAUGCUAUGGCUGGCGAUGCUGUCUACUCUCAAGAGGCUCUGGAUCGGAUCAUUACCGGACUGAUGGAGGCAAACCCUCAGUCAAAUGCCGCCCCGCCAGCCACAGAAGAAGCUCUCAGGAACUUGGAGCGGAAACCAGUGAAUAAGGAAAUGCUGGGAACCGAGGGAAAGGCAGAAUGUACCAUCUGCAUUGAUGAGAUGAAGGAGGGUGACAUGGCUACAUUCCUGCCAUGUAAGCAUUGGUUCCACGAGGAUUGCGUUGUUCUAUGGUUGAAGGAGCACAACACUUGUCCGAUUUGCCGUACUCCGAUCGAAAAGAAUAAUCGCAGCGGCAACAACAAUAACGCAAGCAACAACAACAACAAUAGUGGCAACAAUAGCAGUAACCGACCUCAGGGACCGCCAUCGGGACAGAGCUCAGGUCGGCCGAGUCCAUUUGGAUCCUCCCCUGGAUUUGGAGGAGGUUCGGGUUGGUUUUCUGGAGGCUCACCCGGCUGGGGAGGAUCCGCUGAGAAUGCUGGUGGUCCCCCGACAAGGCCUGUUCGAUACUCACGCCCUCCAAGCCAGAGUCAAAGUCGUCUCAACGAGGCUUUACGGAACAUCUCGUCGAUGCAACGAGAGCGGGAGCGUGAUCGUGACCGAGAUCGUGACCGGGGAACAUCAUCCGGAUUCAGUUACGAUACUUCUCGUAUGCAGAGGCGUAGCUCGCACUCUCCCACGAGCCCCCGAGCGACGGCUCCUGGUGAGCAUGGAGCACGGAUGAGGCAGAGAAGUCCUUCAGAGAGUAGUCGGCGGACGGAAGAUUCGGAUCAACGGCGGCAAGGCCACGGGCCCAUAAGCUGGCUCCGUGAUCGGUUCGGCAGCGGCUCCGGUAAUGGGUCGUCGCGCGACGGAAGACGACAGUAG